AUGCUGGGGGAUGCCACAUUCCCCGUCAACCAAAGCAGCUCCUACCCGGAGUACUUCAUCCUGGUGGGCCUCCCAGGGAUGGAGGAGUAUCACACCUGGCUGGCCAUCCCCUUCUGCCUGAUGUACCUCCUGGCCCUGCUGGGCAACGCCUCCCUGCUGUUCAUCAUCUCGACCGAGCGCAGCCUCCACCAGCCCAUGUACUUCUUCCUGGCCAUGCUGGCCGUGGCUGACCUGGCCCUGUCCUCUUCCACCGUCCCCAAAACCCUCGGCGUCCUUCUGGCGUCUUCCCGGGAGAUCUCCUUCGCUGCCUGCCUCACCCAGAUGUUCUUCACGCACGUCAGCUUCAUCGCAGAAUCCACCAUCCUGCUGGCCAUGGCCUUUGACCGCUACGUCGCCAUCUGCGACCCGCUGCGCUACACGGUCGUCCUCACCCACGCGGCGAUCGCCAAGAUUGGCCUGGCCGCCCUGGCGAGGAGCUUUUGCGUGAUGCUCCCGACCCUCUUCCUCCUCAGGAGACUCCCCUACUGUGGGCAGAGGGUCAUGCCCCACACUUACUGCGAGCACAUGGGCAUCGCCCGGAUGGCCUGCGCGGACAUAGCCGUCAACAUCUGGUACGGAUUCACCACCACCCUCUUGUCCCCGGUCCUCGACCUGGUGCUCAUCGCCGCCUCCUAUUCGCUGAUCCUCCGGGCCAUCUUCCGGCUCCCGACCAAGGAGGCCCGCCUCAAGGCUGUGGGCACCUGCGGCGCUCACCUCUGCGUCAUCCUCCUCUUUUACACGCCGGCCUUGUUCUCCUUCUUCGCCCACCGGUUUGGCCGCGGCAUCCCGCAGCCCGUCCUCGUCCUCUUGGCCAACGUCUACCAGCUUCUCCCACCGAUGCUCAACCCCAUCGUCUACGCGGCCAAGACCAAAGCGAUCCGGGAACGGCUGGUCCACGCGUUCAGGCCAGCAGGAAACGGGCGCCGAGUCCUCAUCUCAAAUUAA